AUCGUCGAGACUGCGAGACGGAGAACAAGCACCAGCGAACAAGCACUAUUAAACACAUCAUCACAAAUUCGAGUAUCGCAUCAGAUAGCAUCACCCACGCAUGCUGGUUAGUUCACUGAAUUCGGCUUCCGGUUAAUUUUUUAUGUUAAAAGUUUCAGCGAAAAUGGUUUUAGUUUAACCAUUGCUGAUAGUGCUGCUGCUGCUGCCAAGAGAAUAAAGAAAAAUAAACAAAAACUGGUUUCCGUGACCUCUUUUGCCAUCAUCCGUCAGCAAGUAACUCUCGCAUGAAGAUGGCUCCAAAAUCGACCAGCAACAACCUGAAGUACCUCAGCCUGAUCACCCUUACGUUGCAGAAUGCCAUCCUGGGGCUGAGUAUGCGGUACGCCCGGACCCGACCGGGUGAUAUGUUCCUCAGUUCGACGGCCGUCGUGAUGGCCGAGGUGGCCAAACUGGUCACCAGUCUGGUGCUGGUGUUUCUGGAAGAAGGUAAGAAUGUCCACCGGCUGAAGGCCGCUCUGCACAAUACGAUCGUGAAGCAACCGAUGGAUACGCUCAAAAUUUGCGUGCCCUCGUUCCUGUACAUUCUGCAGAACAAUCUCCUGUACGUUUCGGCGUCCCACCUGGACGCGGCGACCUACCAGGUGACGUAUCAGUUGAAGAUUCUGACGACGGCUGUAUUUGCGGUGAUUAUCCUCCGGAAGAAACUGUUCCCAACCCAGUGGGGUGCCCUAGUGGCGCUGGUGGUCGGAGUGGCCACUGUACAGCUGGCGCAGACGGAUUCCAGUGGGACGGCCGCCUCCCGGCAGCAGCAGAUGCCAGGUGAACCGGAUCAGAAUCGGCUGCUCGGUUUCAGUGCCGCCUUGGGUGCGUGCUUCCUGUCCGGCUUCGCCGGAAUCUACUUCGAAAAGAUGCUCAAAGGUGCGGACAUCUCCGUUUGGAUGCGAAACAUCCAGCUCAGUUUGCUGAGUCUGCCCUUCGGCCUGUUGACUUGCUUCGCAAAUGAUGGCGCGAAACUCACCUCCGGCGGGUUCUUCUACGGCUACGAUGGCUUCAUUUGGUACUUGAUCCUGCUGCAGGCCGGUGGCGGUCUGAUCGUGGCCGUCGUCGUCAAGUAUGCCGACAACAUCCUGAAGGGCUUUGCCACCUCGUUGGCCAUCAUCAUUUCCUGCGUGGCGUCGAUGUAUCUGUUCGAUUUCAAUUUGACGCUGCAGUUCACCUUCGGAGCGGCGCUGGUAAUCGGGUCGAUCUUCCUGUACGGCUACGACCCGAACCAGGCGGCGAAGCAGAAGAUCAUCAAGCUGAAUCCCGACAGCCAGGAACGGCUGCUGGCGGAAAAGGUUUGAACACUCAGUAUUCGAUUGAGUAAACUGAAUCGUAGUUUUUUUUUAAGUUAUCUAUGACGUAUUUUUGACGAGAAUGCAAUGUAAGCUUAAGUUACUUAAAUUUGGAUGAGACGUAACGCUUUUAAGUUCAAAAUAAAGAUUUUUAUCAUCAA